AUGCCCCUCCUCAUUGUGUUUGUGUUUCUAUUCUUCUGGAAUCCAGCCCUGACAGGCUUGAAUCCAUUGUAUUCAGAAAUGCACAAGCGAUGUUAUCAAAACGGUACCUGCAGAUUUGAGUGCUACGUAAGUGAAAUGUUAGUUGCCUACUGUAAGUUUCAGCUGGAGUGCUGUAUCAAAGGCAACCCUGACCCCUGA